AUGGUCGUCUUCAGCAAGAUCACGGCUACUCUGGCCUGUCUCUCCGUCGCUUCGGCUGUGCCGAUGGGCGGUGCGCGCAAGAGCAGCUUCACCGUCAACCAACUGGCUCGUCCUGCUACCGGCGCUAAGACUCUCAACUUGCCCGCCAUGUACGCCAAUUCUUUGACCAAGUACGGUGCCUCCGUCCCCGCCGUCGUUAAGGCUGCUGCCGAAAGCGGCUCGGCGGUCACUACCCCUGAGAACGACGACGAAGAGUAUCUGACUCCUGUCAACGUCGGUGGCACUACUCUGAACCUAGACUUUGAUACUGGUUCGGCCGAUCUUUGGGUCUUCUCUUCUGAGCUGCCCGCUUCUGAGCAGGCUGGCCACAGUAUCUACAAGCCCGGCGCCAACGGCACCAAGCUUGCUGGUGCCACCUGGCAGAUCCAGUACGGUGACCAGAGCUCCGCGAGCGGUGAUGUCUACAAAGAUACCGUCACCGUUGGCGGCGUCAAGGCCACCGGCCAGGCCGUCGAAGCUGCCUCCAAGAUCAGCCAGCAAUUCGUCAACGACAAGAACAAUGACGGUCUGCUUGGCCUGGCCUUCAGCUCCAUCAACACCGUCAAGCCCCAGGCUCAGACCACCUUCUUUGACACCGUCAAGUCGCAACUUGACUCCCCUCUCUUCGCCGUCACCCUGAAGCACAACGCCCCAGGUACCUACGACUUCGGCUUCCUCGAUAAGUCCAAGUACACCGGCUCAAUCACCUAUACCGACGUCGACAGCUCCCAGGGCUUCUGGAUGUUCACCGCCGAUGGUUACAAGAUUGGCAGCACCUCCGGUAGCUCCAUUCAGGGUAUUGCUGACACCGGCACCACCCUGAUGAUGCUGCCCGACGACGUCGUCUCCGCCUACUACCAGCAGGUCUCCGGUGCUCAGCAGGACUCAUCUGCAGGUGGCUAUACCGUUCCCUGCUCCGCCACCCUGCCUGAUUUCACUGUUACCAUUGGCAGCUACGACGCCGUCGUCUCCGGCGACUUGAUCAACUACGCCCCUCUGACCGCAGGUAGCUCCACUUGCUUCGGCGGUAUCCAGAGUAACUCGGGUCUGAGCUUCUCUAUCUUCGGCGACAUCUUCCUGAAGAGCCAAUAUGCCGUUUUUGACUCCAAUGGUCCCCGUCUUGGUUUCGCCCCUCAGGCUUAA